CGCUGCAGGUGGAGGAGGAACGGGGUUACCUCGUAGUAAUAACACGGUAAACUUGCUUGAACUCUCACUUCGGUAAAACCGGGAUAAACGUUUACCGAACUUUUUUUUGUCGUCUGUAAACCGAGGCUGUAAAUCUAACAUUUACUGCUUCAAAGUUUCAGAUGCAGGAGGUCAGUGAGGCCUGCAGCCCGGACGAUGACAUGGUGGACGGGGACCUGGGUGACGGGAUGGGGGUCAGAGCGGCGCCCAGCUCCACGAGGAACAAGAGCCAGAGCUUUGCCGGUUUCCCGGAGAAGUUGCUGUCCAGAACAGAGCUGCGGGGGCGCGGCAGCCUGACAGGAGAGGCGGCCUGGAUCCCCGGACUGAAGGCCACAGGGACGCAGCAGAGAGCCCGAUGGAAGCCGCCUCCCUACAGCUCCCUGGUGGACCUAUCCAAAGACGAGCUGAAAGACAGACUACAGGAAGCGACUGAGGUGAUAGACGUGUUGUGCUGUGAGCUGGAGGUGGCACAUCGUUACAUUGAAGGCAAAUAUGAAGCACUGAAGAUCCUGCAGGGGAAGGCCAUUCUUGACCAAGCCACGAGUCACACUAAAAGUCUGCUGCAGAAAACUGAGGCGGAGGCUAAAGCUCUAGAGAAGGAGGUCAAUAGAUUGCAGUGGGAACUCAGCUUCAACCAGGUCCAGAUGAAGAAGUCGCAGCAAUCCUGGGAACAGAAAUACAACAGAAUUUUGAGUGAGAACAAGACUCUGACCGACAACCUGGAGGAAAGAGAGAGUGAGAUCCAGCAGCUCCGGGCAGAAAAUUCCGCUCUUAGUCGGCAGUGCUUGGAGCUUCUCUCCAUGCUGAGUGUGAAGGAGCAGAAAGCUUACCAAAGAACCAAACCUCAAUACAGUCGAGAGAGAGACGCAAGUGUUCUGGAGCUGGCGGUUUUGGGGGCCUGCCGGUGUCUUGGUGUUGCUGAAGCUUGUCCAUGCAGCCGGACUGCUGCCGCCAGCAGGAGGCAGCUCGUCCAGCUGCAACAGGAGCUGGAUGCUCAGCGUUUGAGGAGAGAGGAGGCGUCGAUGGUCGCGGAUGCUUUCCGCAUCGCCUUUGAACAGCAGCUGAGGAAACGAAGUGAUCACUUCAUGCUGCUGGCUGACGCCCACAUCCUGAAAUCCCAUCACUGCAAGGCUGAAAGUGCUAACAGGAGUCCUUUGAUCAGCGUGAGCCAGAGGCUGAGAGGAUUGCUGCCAUCCAAGAUGCCCGAUGAUCUUUUAGAGACUCUCUACAGACUACUGGACUUGCUGAACGACAAGGACGAGGCCCUGGCCCACCAGAGGAAGGUGAGCAUCAUGUUGGCCCACAGUGCAGAGGAGCUGCAGAGACAGUUGCAUCUAGAUUCACAUUGCGGGCCAACAGACCCAUCAGAGAACCAGAGCUGGUCUCGGCAAACAUCUGACACGCCAGAGUCUAAGAUCCAACCACAAGUCCCUCCAGAGUCUAACAUCCAGGCACGUCAACAGCUGGAGCCGCUUCAGCCAGGACAACCACUGAGUCCGUCAGAGUCCAGGACUGAACCACGGGAGCCUUCAGACCCGUCCCAGUUCGACGCCCAGUCGGAGUCUAACCACAAGAACCACGAUUCUGAAAUCCAAGAAUCUGAACGACCAGAGUCCUGAUCCACCUACAGGAUCUACCAGACUCCAUGGCUCGUGGUCACAGACACAGCCGUCAUGGUUUGAUUCCAAAAGAACGAGUGGAAGAUGUGGAAGUGGACAUAUGUGAUGUCACACAGGUGGUGAAUCUGAAGGAACGGUAUGAAAAGGGUAUGAUUUGUCCGGAUCACUCACCGCUGUACCAGCAGCCACUGGAGUCAAAACAUCCAGAUCCUCAGAGAGGAAGGGUACUUCUAAAAAACAUACUUUUUACUUCUAGAUUCAUAUCUGUAAAAACGUAGCAUUAAGAUGUGAAUGUCCAUGAUCAAUUUCCCAAGCUUUGAUGAACUGUUAUAGAUUUAAAAAGGAGAGAUGUGUCAAUCAAUUAGCCGACUUGCUCCCUGCAAAAUGCCCUGGUCCAGAUUGUUUUCUGACUCAAGAACAGGUGAAACAACAAUUUUAGGAUAGUUUUUCUGUAUUAAAACAUUUUGGCAGGUGUUUUUUUGUCAGGUUCAUUUUUCUAAGUUUUAUUUUUCCAUCUGUGAAACAGGUGAACAAAUAUGUUUUUUUUUGGCAGGGGACAUUUUUUUUGCUGAUAAAGGACUGAAACCUAAAACACUUUCAGAAAAUACAACGGUCAAACUUGAAGAUAUUUGUUUUGGACUUUGAGAACAUGUUGUUGCUAAAUGCAAAAUGUGCAGAUGUUGUUCUAAAAAUGUUGUGCUGUUAAUUAUUUCUCUUAGUUUGUGUCAUUAUAUUCCAAAAUGUGAAUCCCCCUGAUGGCAUCUUUGAGUCAUCUAUAGCCAAAGUUUAAUUUACACAAAGUAUGACUGAUAUUAUAGUACUAUAUAGACCCUUUUUGGGGCCAGGGACCCCUUACAGGGAAGAAAACUUUCCAAUAACGGUAACACUGAUUAAGCACAUACUUAAUACCUUUAUACUCUCAGAUGCCAUUGGAACUGGAACUGGUUUUCUUAAACUAAAAAAGAUAAACAGAAACACAUUUCAAUUUGAAUCAUGUUAUCAACACUUUGUUUUUCCCUGAUAUCCUAGGAGCUUGUAGUCAGUCUGCUUUAGCUUGGCUGACUUCAUGUCUUGUUUGCUAGCACCAGGUGGCAACGGCCGGUUCUGAAAUAUGAAGCCAUGUUUAACUGAAACCGAGAGGCCCCCAAUUGGGGGCCAGGGAGAAGACUUAGCAAAACACAGUGUGAAACAAUGCACUAAUCACGAAAGAAUAUAAACAGCAGAACCUGGGCUACAAGAAUAUAUACACCAUUUUUUUUUUACAUGCUCCAAACACAACUCAAGCACCAACUAAAUGAAUUACCAAAUAUCAAAAUCCAUAUAGCGCCACUUAGUCAACCCACUCGCCACAUUUCUGCCUCUACCGCUAUGGCACUUUAUGCAAUACACGCAAACAAUAUCUCAAAAGAAAGCAGACAGUCCACAGAUUCCGGACAUAUAGGGUAUAUAUAUCAAAUCCCUCUACAUCAAAGCAUCAGCAAGAUGUGAGCCAAAGAACACCAACAACAGAAAUCGCUUCAUCAAACGAUAGUUAUACAUUUUCUCUUAUCUUAGCUGUUUUGCCGUGAAAGGUUUAUUUUACCGGUAAAUAUGCAAUUUUCAAGUGUGUUUUUAAGGUACCUUAAUCUUGAUUCUCUCUACUGUCCAUCAGGGGCGAC